AUGGCGAAAUCGUCCCGGCGGAAGACGCCCUCGUCAACACCAGCCUCAUCGGGGGCUUCAACCCCGAGUUCAGUCUCCUCUGGACCCAUCCCACCAUUCACCAAAGCUCCCGCGAUCCUCAAGCCCUUCCUCGACCCCCUCGUCCCAGAGGAGGUAUACCUACUUCACAUCGACACCACAGGCACAGACCUGAAAUGGCAGACCUUCAUCGUACCAACAGUGGUCAACGUGGUGGUGGCCGCAGUAAUCGCCCUACGCGUAUACUGGGGCUUUAGCACAUACCCAGCACUAGUCGCCAUCCUACUGGGAAUGGAGAGCUCGCUGAGCGUGGACAUCGCCUCAACACCGUGGACGGACCUGGCACAAAUCACACUCCGCCGCGUCGGCACCAUCCUGAUCGACUACUACCUCCUCACGCUGUUCCUGACCUGGCCCAUCUACUUCGUGAUCGGCCCCGUACGCUGGCGCCGCGCCAUCGGUUUCCGGGACCGCGAGAUCAUCGUUCGUCGCAGCCAUCGCAACUGGAGCAAGAAGCUCGAGCGCAACAAGUGGAUUCGUGAUAACGAGGCUAUGCGUGAUAAGAUCGUUGCGGCUGUGACGCCCGAGCGGAUCGGUAAGACGGGGUACUUGCUCGUCGACGAGGACUGGAAUCUGGACUAUAGCGCCAUGAGACGCGCCCAUGCGCUAGUCGACUUGACCCGUAAGGGCGAGGGCGUGCAGCUAGACGAGUUCCGUACUGCUGUGCUGGUUCACACUGACUCGGAUGGGUGGUUGAUCUGGCGCGUUGGGGAUGAGAACACCCCUGCUGGACGUCAAAAGUCUGCUCAGCGAGAUCAGAUCCUAGCGUUUAGGGAGAGAUUGACUGCGAUGGGUAAGGAGGAUUUGUUCUUCCGCUGGGUUGAGCUGGUCCAGUGGGAAAGCUCGCAGCCUGGCGGAUUUACCCCGGAGAGACAGCGGUCUGCUAUGGUGCAGGCUAAGCAGAUGUUCGACGAGGAGAAUGUCGAUUUCAGUCAGUUCUGGGAUGAUGAACUAGGGGGCAUGGAUGGCGCUCAAGAGAAGGCAACGUGA